AUGCCAUACCGCAAAUGCGCGAGUGCGAUGACGCCGCCGAGUCGCGAUUCGAUGAGCGUCGACGUCUCGGGCGAGGAGCAGUCGCUGAUCCAAGCAAGCCGGGAAGGCAACUACACCUUGGUGCAAGCGCGGCUGUUGGAGCCCGAAGUCGAUCCGAGCGCGACCGAUCGGGACCACAAAACGGCGCUCGACCACGCGAUCGAGUCGCGUAGCUACGACUGCGAGGCGCUCCUACGCAACGACGCCUUCCUCCGCGCCACCUGUCCCGCGUACAAGGCCGAGCACAUUCGCGCUCUCCAAAUUGCCUACGAUCGAGCCAAAGCGCUGGACCCGGUGCUGUUUGGCCGCGCGCUGCGUCUUGAGCCCCGCCUCGCCCUCGAGAUGCUCGACAACUGCUACCAGCACGACGCAACCAACGUAUUGCGUUUUUCUGGCAUGCCCGAGCUGUUUGGCAACGACGACGCCGACACGAGUGCGCUGGACGAGAUCGUGCGCUGCGAGAAUGCCGAGGCGCGGUCGCUCUGCCUCGAACACGUUGUCAUCCGCCGGCUCCUCGCCAUCAAGUGGGACAUUGUCGGUGAGCGCAUCUUCUGCAAGACGCUGCUCAUGUUUGCGCUCAUGCUGUUCGCCAUGGUCGUCGCGACCGCGUCCAACUACUACUACAUGUCGUCCAUCUCGCGCGCGCUGGACAACGUCGCAUGCCUCGACAACCAAAGCGGCUUCAACAAGACGACAAUUACCGACUUCCGUCGCAACAACAAGCAGUGCUACAUCGCCUAUCAAAACGAACGCGAAGCGCUCCAAAAAGACUUCGGCUACUCGAUGGGCACGCUCACCGUUGUCUGGAUCGCGGGCUGCUACUUCGUCCUCUUCUCCCUCCUUGCGCUUCAACGUUUGCACCCGGACCGUCUCUGGCGCCUCGCGCUCUGGGUGCAUCAAGGCACCUGGCCAUCGAACGAAGCCGAACUGCCAAAGUCCCGCGACAACGACAUGAGCCUAUACAAGGCGGCCGCCAAGCGCUACUUGGUGCGGUGCGUGCUCGUUGCAACGGCUAUCGCGAGCGCAGCCACGGCGGCGCCAGUCCUCCGGUAUGCCGACGUCAACAAGCUCUUCACCGCGAUGGUGGCGGUCCCCGCGAUCGUGCUCUGGCUCUGUGCCGGUUACUUUCUUUGCGUCGAGUACGGCGUCGUGUUGAGCUACGACCGAGACCUCCCGAAGCACUUUCGCCUGGCGACGUCGCGCAGUCAGUACGUGCGAACGUGGCUCUUUGUCUACUUGGUUUUGCCCCUCUGCACGCCGUGCCGCGUCCGGUUCCGUCCGUACUUUGGCUCGUUCAUGAACCUCUUCCGGCUCAGCACGUGCUUUCUCAUUCUCUUCCUGCACGUCCCGAGCGGGUUCGUCUCGGUGUUUGACAUUGAAGCGACGCCGAUCGACGAAUUAGAGGACGGCGCAGACGCUGCGUACGUCGCGUACGUCUACUCGGGGGUGCUCAUUUUCCUCAGUCUCUGGCUCCAAGUGGCGCGCUUCUUCCAAGUGCACGCGACCGCCGGCUAUUUGGUCGUGACGCUCCGGAGUGUCUUGGGCGACGUGGCCAACUUUUUCGCAUUCUUUGGGGUCUUUGAACUGGGGCUCACGGGCGCCUACUACCUCGUCUACCAGUGCACCAACAACGCAGAGAUCCCCGACAUGUGGACAACGUUUUACAAAUCGUACUUUAUUCUGUUUGGCGAGACGGACGAAGCGGCUUUUUCCGCGCUUCACACCGCCAACCAAACGGUCCGGAACAUCACCAACGUCGUCCGCGAACUCGACCUGCCGCUGAGUUUGCACAUCUUUGGCAUCUCACUGCGCAUGGUUCACUGCGCGAUCGUGACCAUGGUGCUCCUCAACUUGCUGCUUGCGAUGAUGAACAAGACGGUGGACGACCGCAAAUGCGAUACGGCCCGGACGCGCGGCCUCCUCGCGUACGCCGAGAUGGUGCUCUCGUUUGAGAAAAUGGCCGGCGUGCCGCGGCGCCAGCUCGUGUUCAUUGACCGCCACCGAACGAUCAACCCGAUCUUUGCCGAGACGCCGUUCGUGCACGAGCUCGUCGUCGACGUGCCGGCACCGAAAGACGCCACGUCAUUGCGCGCCACGCGCAGUGCGAUCGAGCUCAAGGCCAGUGGCAAGGUCGCGCCUGCCACGACCGACCUCGACGACAUCGACGCACAGCUCGACGCUUUGCUCUCCAAAAGCCGAUACAUGAUGGAAUGACUUGUAUCAACAUGAAAGUCGUUGUGGUGAAGAUAACGCGAUCAUACAAGUUUAUGAGCACGC